UAACUUGAUGACGUGCGUCUUGCCUAUUUACUUGAUUGAAAUCAGUUAGUUACUCUCUUUUACUGUCUCUUUGCUGAAUUUGAUCCCAUCACUUGAAGAAUUUAACUUGAAUUAACACUCAUUGAAGCCUUGAAGAACUCAGUGGCUUCGGUUCGAGGGUUUGCGAGAGAUUCUGGGUCUAUGAACUCAUAGAGUUCAGGAAACUGGCUCCAGAUAAUGUGAUGUGACCGACUUUUGGUUACUUCGCUAUGAACAACGAAAGCUAUCACUAGCGAAGAGUAAACACGGUAAAUAACACAGUCAUAACCAAGGAAUAUGACUUUUGGGUAUGUACCAGCCAUAUCCUUCCUUGGUCUGAUAUUAAUCCUCUUGUUAGGACUAUUAGCAAUGUAUUACUGCCUGACACACGACCUGUGUCCUUGUGCUCAAACAGAACAAAAAGCUGGUUACGAAGAACUUCAGUUAGGAGAGGACAACGAAGGCACCGACGAAGAUACUUACAAAUCUUCCCUCUCUCCGAAAAGCGUGCCUGAAAUUGUCACACCUUCAGACGGAACAGAUGCAGAAAGAUAUACAAGACCAGCUGUUUCAGCAUAUGGCGACGUUACUGGCGAGCAGCGGGGGAAAGACUUGACGGAUGUUGGGUCAAUUAGAAGCACAGGCACCGCUAAAGGCAGCCUCGCAAAUGCUGUUUACAUGGGAAAGGUGUUCUUAAUGGCUGAAUUUUUCCCCGAUGUUGGUCGAGUCGGAUUCUCGAUAGUUGAAGCUCGGAGUAUUCCAUCGAAAAGUAAAGGUGGAGGAACGUAUGCAAAAUUCCAUGUGACUCUUCUGCCCGACAAGAAACAGCGCUUCAAAACCAAGGCUCUCAAGACUCCAGAUCCUCAAUAUAAAGAAACAUUCGUGUUCGAUCGUUUAAUGAAAGAGGAUUUAUUUAGAGUUGCGGUGCGAAUGCGGGUGUAUGGACAAACCGGGGUAUCGAAAGAAAAGUACAUAGGCGAAUUGUCUUUACAGUUAGCUGAUCUUGUGAUGGCGCCGAAUAUGAGAAUUGAAACGUGGAGAGAUAUCCUACGACCUUCUACCCCUGGCACUGCCACGCCCUGAGAACUACAUCCAUAAACAACAACUGGCUGAUUAUUGGCCGUAUAUAUUUUUCUAGGUUAUUGUUAAAUUUGGAAACUAAGAGACAUUUUCUCUCUAAAGGUAAAAUAGGGAGAUUUUGUAGUUGACUAAUUAGGGAGGGAGUUUUCUUACAGUCGUGUGUAAUUGGGUUUUCUACGAUGUUAAGCAAAAAUAUAUUUUCCUAAUCCCCGUGCUAAAGUAGAUUUCUCAUUAAUGAAAGGAUUUAACUUUAAAAAGUCGGGCACUAAUAUUUCCUUAACUAUUUUUGAAAGCUUCCGAUGUUAGCAGCUAACCUAUUUUUCCUGGUUUCAAAUUAUUGUCGUGAUUCGAAAUCUCGGCGUUCUAGCAACAAGUGUGACAAACUGCAGUCAAACUUGACACGAUUCAGUCAAUUAAUGACCUUUGAAUGUCAAAUUUUGUCAAUUUAAAAUCUUCUAUAUUUUAGUUACUUUGGUUACCUCAAUACUGAUCUCUUGGGCCGUAAUGACUUCCUAUUUCAAACCACAUGUCAAUUCCUUGAGUAUCAUUUCUUUCUUUACUGAUAACGUUUGAGAAGCUAAAAGGUUUGAAAUGGGAAAGUAUUGCAGCUAAAAUAAAUCAGCGAAUUUGGUAUGGGUGACUAUUAUUAAUUUAGUACAGUAACUUUAUAGCUGUGUUUAUAUUAAAGAUACGACAGUAACUUUG